GAGAGCAAGAUGGCGGCUAAUAUGUACCGGGUGGGAGAUUACGUCUAUUUUGAGAAUUCUUCCAGUAAUCCAUAUCUCAUCCGGAGAAUAGAGGAACUUAAUAAGACGGCAAACGGGAACGUAGAAGCGAAAGUUGUGUGUUUAUUCCGCCGCAGGGACAUUUCCAGCAGCUUGAACAGCCUCGCUGAUAGUAACGCACGAGAGUUUGAGGAUGAAUCGAAGCAGCCAACUGUUGGAGAGACCAAUAGACACCAGUUAAAACAUCGGGAGCUCUUUUUAUCCCGUCAGUUUGAAUCCCUACCAGCAACACACAUCAGGGGGAAGUGUAACGUGACUCUCCUGAAUGAAACCGACAUCCUAAGCCAAUAUUUGGAGAAGGAGGAUUGUUUUUUUUAUUCGCUGGUGUUUGAUCCCGUUCAGAAGACUUUACUGGCUGAUCAGGGGGAGAUCCGUGUUGGUUCCAAAUAUCAAGCUGAGAUUCCUGAUCAGCUGGCAGAAGGAGAAUCUGAUAACAGAAACCAGCAGAAGAUGGAGAUCAAAGUUUGGGAUCCAGAGAAUCCCCUGACAGACAGACAAAUUGACCAGUUUCUGGUGGUGGCAAGGGCUGUUGGAACCUUUGCAAGAGCUUUAGAUUGCAGCAGUUCAAUUAGACAGCCAAGCUUACAUAUGAGUGCUGCGGCAGCAUCUCGUGACAUCACACUGUUUCAUGCCAUGGAUACACUACAGAGGAAUGGCUAUGACCUUGCCCGUGCAAUGUCCACACUAGUUCCUCAAGGUGGGCCAGUACUCUGCAGGGAUGAAAUGGAGGAAUGGUCGGCAUCGGAGGCUAUGCUUUUUGAGGAAGCACUGGAGAAAUAUGGCAAGGACUUUAAUGACAUCCGACAAGAUUUUCUCCCUUGGAAAUCUCUUGCUAGUAUCGUUCAGUUCUACUACAUGUGGAAAACGACAGACCGAUAUAUCCAACAGAAACGGCUGAAAGCAGCUGAGGCUGACAGCAAACUGAAACAAGUCUACAUCCCCACCUAUACAAAACCCAAUCCCAAUCAAAUUAUUUCUGUGGGCUCUAAGCCAGGUCUUAACGGAGCAGGAUUCCAGAAGGGUCUGACCUGUGAGAGCUGUCACACCACAGUGUCUGCCCAGUGGUAUGCGUGGGGUCCCCCCAAUAUGCAGUGUCGCCUGUGUGCUUCCUGCUGGAUUUAUUGGAAGAAAUACGGUGGUCUUAAAACCCCAACACAGUUGGAGGGAGCAGCACGGAACAUAGGAGAACCACAUUCCAGGGGCCAUCUUUCUCGGCCAGAGGCUCAGAGCUUGUCCCCAUACACUACCAGUGCUAACCGCGCUAAACUGCUUGCGAAAAACCGUCAGACCUUCCUGCUGCAGACGACCAAGCUGACUCGCAUUGCGCGGCGUACGUGUAGAGACAUUCUCCAGCCCAGGAGAGCUGCGCGCCGCCCUUAUGCCCCCGUCAACUCCAACUCGAUCAAAGCUGAAUGUUCUGUUCGCCUUCCAAAAGCAGCAAAGACCCCUCUGAAAAUUCUCCCCCUUGUGCGCCCCUCCUUGGCAGCUAUUGUGAAGGAACUGGCGGCCCAAGCUCCCCUUAAGCCGAAAACCCCACGUGGGACAAAGACCCCAAUAAACCGGAACCAGUUAACACAGAGCAGAGGUCUGAGCGUGUUACCUCAAAAAAGAGUGUUUGAAGCACAGGUGUCUGGUGUGGGUGUUGUUCCUCCAUUCUCUGCAAAUGGCCGCUCGUUCUCAUCGGGUGUCCGUUCUAGCACUCAGUCAGGUGUAAAGAGACAGAAGCUCAACGUUGCUGAUGCCCCUAAUCCAGUGGUGUUUGUGGCUACUAAAGACACAAGAAGUCUCAGGAAAAAUCUGUCGCACAUGGAGAUGCGUAGAGCUGCUCGUCGCCCCAGUCUGCCGGUGAAAUUAAAGGUUCCUCUCCCGCCACGACCUGCGAACCUCCUGCCUGCGCUUAAUCCCGCCCACCCCGCCAGUACAAGUGAGCCAAUCGUUCUGGAGGACUGAGGGACCUUAUAAACAAAGUUUCCCUUUUCGGGGAGAGAAUAGAGCCCUACAGCCCUGCUCUCUGUUACCCCAGCCAGGCAAUAACGCUGAAGAACAGAGGGACUUAAAUAUUGUAAAAUCAGAAAGAACCCAGGCUCCUCCUCCUCCUUCUGCUUUCCAGCAACUGUGUCCGGUUAUGGCUUAUUUCUCUACAGUCCUUUACUUUCCUCCCAAGCAACUUUUUUAUUUUUAAUAUAUAUAUUUUUUUCAUGUAACUCAAUUGCCCCGCCCUGUUUGUUCAUACGUCAUUUUAACCCCUUUUUCUCCGAUCCUUUUUUUUUUAAUUCUUGUUUAGUUUAUGCUUUUUUUUGUACAAGAGAACAAAACCUGAGCUGUCCAUCAGUAAAGUGAGGUCAUUAUUCAGCUUUGUGUGGAUGAUGGAUUUCACGUAGAACGGGAGCUUUGUACUACAAGCUUUAUGUGGAUUUAAUAAAAGGUCAGAAGUCAUAACAUCAUUCUUGGUAGAGAGGCUGGAAAGGCCUUUUAUCUGGAAAUCGAUGUGAAUAAAACACAAUGUUCUUCA